CUGAAGAUGGCGGACGCCGGCGGUAGCGGUAACGGCAGCGGCGACGGCGGGUCAACUCUCAAGGCGAUGCGAGAACAGUUGGUUGCUGCAGCCCAAGCAAUCGCCCAAGAAAGAAGAAACCAAAGUGGCAAUGUUACUGUUCUAGCCCAGCCCUCCCAUAUAAAGUCAUCCACUAAGCCAGUGAUAGAUGGCUCGAUUCUAAGAUCUGAUGAAAGGCAAAGACUGGCAAGAGAACGCAGAGAAGAGCGAGAAAAGCAAAAUGCUUUAAAAGAAACACAAUUACUUGAGAAAGAGAAAAAAGCAAAACUCCAAUAUGAAAAGCUGGUGGAAGAAAGACAGAGAAAAAUUAACGAACAGAAGCAGAAAGGACAACAACGCCGAGCGGCAGCGGAAGAGAAAAGAAGGCAAAAGUUAGAUGAAGAAAAGGAACAUUAUGAGGCAAUGGUUAACCGUACUUUGGAACGUAGCAACCGCCUGGAACAGCGACAGAAGAGAUGGUCAUGGGGAGGCUCUGUAACACCAGAUUCAGACAGCAAAUCUGGUCUGUCGAGUGCUUCCCCACCCAAUCCUGUAGAUUUAGUUGACAAAAUCCCUUCUCCCACAGAACCGCAGACUGCAGAAGAAGGUGGAUCCAGUGGCAACAGACAUGCUUCAUCUACAACAAAUCUCAAACAAACAGAUUCCGUUAUCAAUAAACGUUUAUCUUCAUCUUCAGCAACUCUUCCAAGUUCUGACAAGACUCGGCGCUUUCAGAUCAGUGCUCUGGAGAAUAGUAUAAUCAGUCGCCUUCUCGCCCCUACACAAGCCUCUUUAGCUAAAAGCAAAAGUGCUGCUGUAUUAUCUGCUGCUGGAAAAGACCCCUCAGCUGCCUCCAGUACUAUCAGCUACUCACCGCAGGCCCCCAAAAUGCCCAUGCGCAGCCGCAGCAUCGACAGACAGAAGACUCCCGUGGUAGCCGUUUCAACAGAUGCUACAGACUCUAUACAGAAGUCUGAGGUGGACAAGUCUGCGUCAACUCGUGCUGUGAGGCGAACUCCAUCACCAUCUCUAUCAGCCCGUAAAAGAUCACCUUCCCCUGCUAAUGUUAAGCGUCCUCCAUCUCCCUGUACAUCGAACAGACCCACUCAGAGAAGUCGCCCACCUUCACCUGUUAUAUUAAAACAGCAGCCAUCAUCUCCCACCUGUGUUUUAAAACCAGCUUUUAAACCUAUUCAACGUCCCUCGAUCACACCAACUGUUACAAAUAUUACCAAAAAGAGAAUACCUGAAACAGAUAGCAAACCAAAGGAUGUACGUGAAGAAGACAGAAGACGAGAACACCGAACAUCACAAGCUUCAGAGAAAGAAAGGGCAGCAUCUGCUGGAAAGACCAAAGAAGAGCCCACUAGUAAGACUGGACCAGGGACCAUAAGUGCUGAAGAAGCUGCUAAAAUUUUGACAGGAAAACGACAGCUUGCUCGGGAACUAAGGGAUCGAGGAGACUGGGAAAGAUCUCAAAAAGGAGAAGAAAGGAAAGUAAAAGACGAUAUUGAAAAGAAAGCCAUUGAAGAUGAGGAAAAAAGGGAAGCCCAGCUCUGUCGACUUGAGGAAACACAGUCACUGGAAGAACAGCAGCAGAAGACAGAAGAGAAUAGGACCCAAGAACAGGAACGUCUGGCUGAACUCCAGCAGCAGAAGGAGGAAGCUGAGGCCAAAGCCCUGGAGGAAGCCGAGAGGCAGAGGCGAGAGCGAGAGCGGAUCAUGGAGCAGAGUGUGCAGGAGCGUCUACAGAGGAAAAAGAGAAUUCAAGAAAUUAUGAGGAGAACCAGAAAAGUGGAGCAGAAUUCUGACCAGAGUGAAGAGAAGUCUAAGAAUGAGACUGUUGACGGCGAUGCUGGGGAUGCUACAGAUGAAGCAGAUGAAGGAAGUUUGGAAACAGUGGACCCACCGGCCAAGGUCACUGAGAUUGCCUCGCCUGAGAAUGCCAAGACCUCAGAGGGGCUUCAUGCUAACGCAUUUCCCGAACUGGCUUAUUCAGAACAAGCUGAAGCUGCAGCCCGAGAUGAAGCUGAAGGACUCAUCACCAAUGGUGAUGAGAUGGCCACAGAGCCAGGAAAUAGAAAUUAUUUGCAUAUGACUAUGGCAGCAGACCCUAGCUUUUCUGCCAAAGAUGUGGUUACUCCAAACUUAGAAAUUAUGGGUGCUGAUGAAGCUGAGCACACAUCAAACCUGAAUGGAAAAUCCAGCACAUGGACUUUCGAGGAGAUUAUCGAACUUGGAGUUCAUGCCAUAUCCACCAAAUUGAAUCCCAGCAACACUCCUCCCAAAAGCUGUACUCAAAACUCCAGCGAUGCUGCUACAUUUCCUCCAGGUCCAAAGUUAGCCUUUGAGGAGGACGCAGUGAUGAAUUCCUUGACCACAUCCAGAGGAAGCAAUUCAGAUAUCUAAACACUCUGAUCCUGGAAGUCACUGGAUCCCAUCUAAAGAUCUUUCUUCAGGAAGCUGCUUCUUGCCUUUACCCCAGUUCAACCCUGUUAAAAUCAAGCUCCCAAGAGAGGGGAUACUUCUCCACGUGCACCUUGAGUACUUUCGGGGAGUUAUCUAAGUCCCUUUUGUGUUUAUUACAUUUUCUUUUGGGUUGUUGAAGCAUCAAUGGGACAGGAUUUCCUGGCAAAAUGUUAUUUGUUUCCUUUAAUAAUUUCCUUUAAGCUGUCUCUUGCUUGUUUUAUUUUCCCUUUGACGUGUACAAAGUGAUGGGGAAGCAUCCGAACUGACUUACAAACCGAUUGGUGAAUAUCGUGCUUAAGAAGGAAAGAGUUUGCUUCCAGCCCAUUUAAAACCCCUAAAUAACAUUCAUCCCUUUACUGUUAGAGUCUCAAAGAUUCAAUAUCGGGAAAGAGUGUACUAGAUCUCUCGGAUGACCCAAAACUGCUCUCAGGAGCAUUGUCACAUUGUGUUUAAUACAGAUAUUUUGGUGGUUUCAUAGUUCUGCAUAUUGCAUUUUGCCAUAAUUUAUAUAUCUUUCAGGAAAAUAGCUUAAGGUGCAGUCUGUACACACACACACACAC